AUGGAAGGCGACUUGGAGAACCAAAAUGUUGUUUUUAUUGGUGGCGGGAAUAUGGCGAGUGCUUUGAUUAAUGGAUGUGUCUCAAAGCGUGAGUAAUUUUCACUUGAACAUAUUUGUUUUACAAAAAAGGUAUUGCAGAAUUCAUUUCUAAGCGAAACGUGGUUAUAUCGGUGAAAUCUCUCAAAUCUGCUGCAAAGUGGGAAUCUAAAGGUUUUGAGCAUGUAUUCACAAACACCCAGGAGAUGUUGGAAAAGUAUCCGACAGCGAUUUAUAUUGUUUGUGUGAAACCGCAAAUUUUCGAUGAAAUUGUCUCAAUUUGGCCAGUCAAUUCGCGACCAAGAUUGAUUAUUUCUGUAAUGGCCGGUAUUCCCUUAAACCUUCUUCGCACAAAACUUCCACUUCUUGCUGUCAACACAACAAUUAUUCGAAUAAUGCCAAAUGUGGCGAGUUCCAUUGGUGCUGGCGCCUCAUCAAUGUGUUAUGACGUUGACAACAAAAUUGAAAAUCAACAAUUAUAUGUCGAAUAUGCGAAGAGAUUUGCGGAAUGUGUCGGAAGUGUUGGAAUAAUUCCGGAAAGAUGUUUCAAUCCAGCAAUGGCAAUUGCAGGAAGUAGUCCAGCAUGGGUACGUAAUUGAGUUGCUUUAAAUAGAUAAUUGCUCACGUAGAUCAAAAAUCAACAAUUGAAUAGUUUAGGUGUUCAUGUUCGUUGAAGCAUUGGCUGAUGGCGCAGUUUCUCAAGGUUUGGGAAGAGCUGAAGCGAAAAGAUUGGCCGCGCAAGCUGUGAUGGGCGCCGCAAAAAUGCUUGUCACUCCGGAAAGUGGUUUCGACAUCGAGACUCAACACAUGGGGUAUUUGAAAGAUCAAGUUUGCUCACCGGGUGGAACUACUAUAGAAGGAGUCAGGAUUUUGGAGCACAACGGGUUUAGAUCUGCAGUUAUGGAAGCGGUUAUUGGUUGCUCACAAAAAGCCGAUGAAAUGGCCAAGGCAUUUUCGAAAUGA